AUGGCCAACUUGUUCAACAGCGCGCGAACUGCCUUCCGCGCCGCCGUCAAUGGCUCGGCCGCUUCGGUCCGAAAUGCUUCGACACAGGCUGGCGCCAACGCCUCGCAGUCGUUCGUGACUUCGCGAUCGUCUGCCAUCGCCGCCACCGCCGUCGCUGCCGGUUCGGUGGCAUGGUACAACCACCUGUACGGCACUCUCCCCUUCUUGGACACUGCCAGCGCCAACAUGGCGGACGAAGGUCUUCACCCACCCAAGUACCCCUGGUCGCACUCGGGUGUAUUUGAGACGUUCGACCACGCUUCCAUUCGACGUGGAUACCAGGUUUACCGUGAGGUAUGCUCCUCGUGCCAUUCACUCGACCGCAUUGCUUGGCGUAACCUGGUUGGUCAGUCGCACACGGUUGACGAGGCCAAGGCUAUGGCUGAGGAGGUCGAGUACGAGGACGGUCCCGAUGACGAAGGCGCAAUGUUCCAGCGUCCCGGUAAGCUUGCCGACUACAUGCCCCGACCUUAUGCCAACGACGAAGCUGCCCGGGCUGCCAACGCUGGUGCUCUUCCCCCUGAUCUCAGCUUGAUGGUCAAGGCACGUCACGGCGGUGCCGAUUACAUCUUUGCGCUGCUUACCGGUUACACGGACCCCCCGGCAGGUGUCAAGGUUCAGGAUGGCCUGAACUACAACUCGUACUUCCCCGGAACGCAGAUUGCCAUGGCGCGUGUGCUCUACGACGGUCUUGUCGACUACGAGGACGGCACCCCAGCAACCACUUCGCAGAUGGCCAAGGACGUGGUUACGUUCUUGCACUUCUGUGCGGAGCCAGAGCACGACACGAGGAAGAAGAUGGGCAUGCAGGCCGUCAUCAUCCUGAGCUCCUUGACCGCUUUGUCCAUCUGGGUCAAGAGGUUCAAGUGGGCCGGUGUCAAGAACCGAAAGCUUGUGUACAAUCCUCCGACCUCGACUCACUAA